AUGUUAAAAUUCUUCAAAAUUACAGCGAAUUUAAAGAUGGAAAUACUUAUAAAAGAGUUUAAUCUAAAUUUUAUUCAUCCUAAAGGUUCAAUUGAUUCUGGUGUAGAUUUUUUGUCUCGUAUAUAUUCAAUUGUUAAAAAGGAAGAGGGGUAUAUUGAUGCACUUAUUAACCAAUAUUAUGGGAUUUUAGCACACCCAGGAUCAAAAAGUUUUUAG